CUUUUCCUUGCCAACGCACACACGAGCACAGCCUCCGGCUGCCUCUCCGCACCGUGCACGUUCCCGCCAGACCGGAAGCUAGCCUUCCAUGAAGGCGUUGAUGUCGCGCCGCCGCGGCGCGGCCGGCGGGCUGCGCAUCAAGAAGAAGGCCCGCGGGCUCAUGUGCGGCUGCGGCGGCACCAAGGCCGUCUCCAUCUCAGACGGCUCCGACAGGUCCCCCAUGGCCACGCCGCCCACCGCGGUGUCAACCACUCCUACUGCCACCAUGUCCUCGACCACGAUGACGACGACGUCCAAGGCAGCGGGAAGAGCGGGAAACCGGGCGGCGGAGGCGCCCUCCUCGUUCUCGGCCUCGUCCUACUGCGCGGACACCGACGACGCCCGCAGCAGCAUGGAGAGCACGCCCAGCCUAUCCGCGCUCCUGCGACAGCUCGGCGAGCUCGAGCGCAGCGUCCGCUUGCUGCAUGCCGCGGCUCCCGAUGGCGUCGGCGGCGGGGGCAGGCGGCACCGUCGGACCGUGAGCGAGGGAGUCGGCGGCGGGUCCGGGCGGGUGGAGGAGAGCGUGGCGGUGGUGAAGGAGUCGGCGGACCCGCUGGCCGACUUCCGGCGGUCCAUGCUGCAGAUGAUCGUGGAGAAGGAGAUCGUGGGCGGCGCGGAGCUCCGGGAGCUGCUGCACCGGUUCCUGUCCCUCAACUCGCCGCACCACCACCACCUCAUCCUCCGCGCCUUCGCCGAGAUCUGGGAGGAGGUCUUCGCCGGGUACGAGCGCACGCCGGACUUGCUCGUCUCCCACCGCAAGAAGAAGCACCUCACAAGGCGUGGCGGUUGAUUCGUUUGUUGCUCCCGUCCAUCCCAGCCGUCGUUUUCUUCUUCAUGGGACGAGAGAGAAGAAUGUUUCUAGCUACUAGGGUUUGAUUUUGUUGAUUUCUUCACGCACUAUAUUGGUUCCAUACUUUCAUCAGCUUUGUGUACAAACGAUCAGUGUUAUCUGAACACCUCUAUCUAAUUUCUUUUACUAAAUCAGACACUCUGAAUUCAAAU